AUGGAGGAGCGGGAGCGGGAGUGGGGGGCGAGGUCGCCGGGCGCCGGCAGCCCCGCGCGCCCGCCCAGCCCGCGCCUGGAUGUCAAGUCUGACCGCUUCGACCCGCUGCUGGCCCUGUACGCGCCGUGCCUGCCCCCCAUCCCCUACCCCAACGCGCCCUGCUUCAACAACGUGGCCGCCUACGAGACCUUCCUCAGGACCGGCUGCCGGGGCGGGCGCGGGCGGGCGCGGAGCGCGGACCCGGCCCCGGGGGCCCCCGCCGCCGCCGCCGCCGCCGUCGCCGGACCCUCGAGCAGGACCCGCCGCCGCCGGGACGCCCCCGCCCCGGACCCCGAGCGCGUCGAGCGCCUCCGCCGCCUCAUGGUGGUCAGGAAGGAAGGGGACGCGGCCGACGGGGAGAGCCGCCGCGCGCCGGGCCGGGGCCGCCGGGCGCCGCGCAACGUGCUCACGCGGAUGCCCCUGCACGAAGGCAGCCCUCUGGGUGAGCUCCAUCGUUGUAUCCGGGAGGGGGUGAAGGUGAAUGUUCACAUCCGCACUUUCAAGGGACUUCGGGGCGUCUGUACAGGCUUCCUGGUUGCAUUUGACAAGUUCUGGAAUAUGGCACUUACUGAUGUGGAUGAGACCUACCGAAAGCCUGUUCUAGGCAAAGCAUAUGAGCGGGAUUCUUCAUUGACUCUCACGAGGCUAUUUGAUCGACUAAAACUUCAAGAUUCCUCCAAGAAGGAGGCAGAUUCUAAGUCUGCAGUUGAAGACUCCACUCUGUCCAGAUACUCGCAGACAUCCACUUGGAAGGUAGCCUCCGUGUGGGGAAGAGAAGACACUGACCGGGGCUCACGCAAAUAUUCCCGCUCCGUUCCUUCUUCCCUGCAGGCGUCUACAAGGGAGUCCAGGUCAGAGCUGUCAGGGAGAACUGUUCGGACAGAAGGGUCUAGUGCGGGAGGUACCUUUUCCAGAGCUACUACCCUUUCUAGGGGCCAGUCCCGUAAGAAAAAGAGAAAGCCCAAAGUAGAUUACCAGCAGGUAUUCACUAGACACAUAAAUCAGAUUUUCAUUCGAGGCGAGAAUGUCCUGCUAGUUCAUCUUGCACAGUGA